GGAGAGAAGAGAUCGGCCGGUCGCUCCGCUCGGUUUCGCGGUUAUGGUGGGGAUAGAACCGUGUGGGCCGCGACGGUGCUACCCCUGCUUCGUGUUCCUCUUCGACUUCAGUUUCUCUCUAUACGUACCGGGAGGUAUUGCCAUUGCCAAGCGGGACUAGCAUGCUCUAGGCCGCUUGACUCGCUUGAUUGGACCACCACCUGGACCUGGCUUCCGUCAGGUACGACCGAAACCGAGACGUCCAGAGGUGGGGGGUUUGGAGCGAGGUUCCACCAUUUCUUCUGGCAGAGCAUCUCCGGUUGACAGUAGAAAGGCAGACCCGCGAAAGGCCGCUGUCGACUCCGUGAAUCAAUCCAUAAAACGGAGAUUAGCCGAGGCGACGUGACCCGUUUUGAGACUUCUCCUUUUCCCGAUCGUUGUUAAUUGGCUCGAUCGGUUAUCCCGCGAAGAUAACAUCGACGAAGAUAGAUCGAGUACGUCGGUAGUGUCCGUGAAAGAUCCAGUGAAAUCGUGUCUCGCGGCGAGAAUCUCUCGACUCCGACACCGUUUCCAUCCGCGGUGAAAAUUGUCGUCGAAUUGAGAGCGUGUUUUCAUGGUCGGUGUGGUCGGCUGCGGCUGGUAUCGUUACGGUAUAACGGAACCGUAUCCGGCAGCGGUCGCUGCAAAAAAAAAAAAAGAAGGGAAAAUGUGUAAAGCUAAUAGCGAAGUCGAGCUUACCUUGUUCGAGUCUGGAUCAUUGAUCCCGAGGUAAGACGACACGGAUAUUCCGGAGCGCGGAUGCGCUUAAAUAUUAUUUCGUGCGACGGUUAUCAUUAGCGGAGUCGCUCGAAGCCAGCCUGAAGCUUGAAUGGGAAUAAUCCUAGCCGAUUCCUGGUCACGUCAGCCGAGUUGUAAAGGUAAAACAAAACCGUGAAGGAGAGAGCGGAAGAGAGAAGUGCCGCGGACUUAACGUGCCAGUGGUGGACGCAAGUAUGGUUGACAGUCGACGAGGACGAAGCGAAAGGCAGCUCCGAACUCGUUAACCGGUUUCCGCGGAUCGGCAUGCAGAACGACACUCGGUGAAGACUACGUACGCCACGAAGUGGAGCCCUCGAUCUUCCGUGCGUGUACCACGCGUAAAGCGAUCGGACCGGUCCACUGGAUCGGAGACGGAUGAUCACCUGCCAACGAUAAUAUAUCUCGCCGCGACUGUGUUGGACCUGGAUAAUUCUUAAACCUCGUCCCUGAUAAGCGUUAACUGGAAUAAGGUAUAAUCGUGGUCGUCGAGUAUAUCUCGCUCGCGAUAGCGAGGAAACUCGAGCGCCGUUUGAAAAUAGAAAUUAUAACGUAAGCGCUCGUUGACGGGGUUGUUGUCCUAGCAGUCGUAGCACGAAGGGUAAACGAGGGGACGUCAACCCGUAACAGAAACGCGCGUGUCAAUCAUCGAAACGUGCCUACGUUGCGGUUCGGUGGGAUAUUUUUAACCGUUCGUGAUCCAAGUUCCCGAGAUUUCCAAGGAGACGAGCUGAAGUGAUCCUGCGUCGAUUUACCUUCGAAAGUGUGUUUGGAGGAAUUCGUUAAUGAGAGAGGCGCCAGUGAUAUGACGCGAUUCGUCGCUGUUCUCGGCAAAGUGAAUUUCUCGGGAUGUGCGUUCGCUAGCUGAUAAGUGAAUGAAGAUUCCACACGGCGGUGUUGAGUGCGUGGCUACCGGAUUGAAGCCGGUAUGCCAUUACUAUACGAAUUAGAAAGUGUGUUCGGUGAUGCCGUGAACAAAUGGGUGCCGGUUGAAACAACGACGGAUUUAGAGGGAACCUCGCACGCCUAUUGUGAACGAAUUGGAUUUAUAAGUUUCGUGGAAUAUUCUAAGUGAACGACGAACGUGUACGAAGUAUGAAAAAUCGCGUCCAACUGCUGUGUUCGAUCAUCUUCGACAGUUAAAAGGGGAUUAUAAACAUACGCGAACGGUGCGCCAUGACGGAUCCAUGCUCGUUUUUCGAGCCGUCAGCGAACCAUGUAACGCGUCCAACUGGAACAAUGAUCGGUGGAACAAAGACGCGUCCGUUGUGUAACUGAAACCAGGGUUUCCGGCGUGUCGAAAAAAUUUCGAAAAUUCGGCGAAAGCCACGAGCCGUGCGCUUCGAAUCGAGUUGGAAGACGAAGAGGUGCAACGGUCGCCGUGGCAUGAGGAGGUUCACACGCAGGCGCAAAACCCUGGCCGCAUUCUCUGCGAUUAUGGGACGCCUUGGUAAAGCCUCGCAGAGCACGACGAGGCCCAUCUUCAGGGUGCAGUAUCGCAAGCUUGUAGACGAGUACUCGCAGCAACAAGAACAGCUGAAGUUUAUGCCAGCGUUGCCCGACUACAUGUCGUACUGCUGUUGUCGAUGUGGUCACACUCAGAAACUCAAAGCGGAGGAGUUGAACACCCUAGUCGGCAAUGCUUUUCGUAUGGCAUACGUGGCGCAACUUCAGCGCCAGCCGAUCCUUCACGAUGUGAUCUCACAGCAAUCAGCGCCACCCUAUCGCAAGGACAAACAGGAGACUCGGUCUUCGUGGAACCAAUCGCUAGCUGGCGACAAUUCGAUCGCCGGUGUGGGCGGUGGUUGCAGAAAUUCAUCCUCGAAUUCGUGGCUAAAAAGUCGAACGUCGCCCACGUCCAGAAGUGGAAGCGGUUCGUCUGUGGCGGACAUGAACGUACAGCUUGGCAGUGCCGGCUCGCCCACGCUGCGACUCGCCAGCGUGAAGACACCGAACUCGAUCCCAGGACUACGGCCGACGCACAAUUUCACGAACGUUCUCGGCCCUAUAACGAACGAGGACGAGCCAAAGAGUAUCUCUCAGCAAAGUACACCGAGCAGCGAUGAGAGCAACUCCCCGACGGAACUGAACUCGUACAAGAGGCUAACGGACAAGCCGCCUCUGAUAAAGCGGCUGGCGAUGGGUUUGACAGGUGGACGUGACGUUCUUGGACUAAACGGUGAGGAUGACAGCUGCCCCCUCGUCAGCGGUAGCAGUACGCCGACGAGCCCAUCGAAUAGGCCCCAUUCGGGGGGUUACAUAAACGAGGCGAUCAUCGACUCGGAGGGCACCAGACCUACCUACAACAAAAUACCCCCGUCCGAGAGUCUGGACAACACUAUCAAUGCCUCCAUUACCGCGAAAAACUUCAACAUCGAGAACAACAGGAUAGGACAUAACUCUCCAAGUUCGGGUACGGAAACAGAAUUCAAGUCGAAGAGAAGAUCCCAAAUUAGUACUUCGAGCAGUUCGGUACCUGCUGACGGAAGUACUCACGGAUCGACACCCACACCUCCACCCCUGCCUGAAAGAACGGAUAGCUUGAACAAUCGUAGCGAGGAGGCUGAAUUGCGUAAAGCUCCCUGGUUCCAGGCUGGAAUACCAAGGGAAAUAACGUUGGAAGUAUUGAGCCAGGAGCCGGAAGGAGCCUUCAUGGUGAGGGAAAGCACCAGUAAACCCGGAUGUUAUGCCCUCUCGCUUCGAGUACCGCGCGAAUUCCAACCGAGCGGAAUAGCCCAUUAUCUUAUAAUGCGUACGAACAAAGGCUACAAAAUCAAGGGUUUCACGAAGGAGUUCACGACGCUCACUGCCCUAAUUACUCAUCACUCGGUGAUGCCAGAGUUGUUGCCGUGCCCACUGUCCCUAAGCCGGUACAAUCCCAGCUUCGUGAAGAGUGAUUCCAACAAGGACUUUGCGGACAUCGAUUCGGAUCCUGAUUACAACACCCUGGCCGACUUCCGGAAGAUGAUGGCCGAUUUGAACGUCUAGAAUGAAUCUCUGGGGAACCGAAAUGACCCGGAAGGCGAUUUGGAACAAUCGAUUCGUUCAACGACGCUUUCAAACUUCGAACAACCGUGGCAAGCUCGUUCCAAGAGACCACGCGAGACUGAAUCACGCUUUGGAAAGAAAACGCGUUUACAGACACGAGGAAUACGCGAAAUCGAGAGGGAAAAACACGCGUUCACGUUGAAUUCCGCGUCGAUCGUGCUCGUUAAAAGGGGCAUUGUGAUCGAUAGCGUACGAGAACAAUGCGCUGUGUACUCGAAAACGAAACUGUAUGUUCUCGCGGUGAUAAGUAUUCGUAAGUCGUCGAUAUCGCUAAGGUACUAUUAACGAGUAAAUAAUAGCAAAUCAAAAGUCGGAGGACGUACAGCAGGGAAACUGACUCCUUAUUUUGUAGAUCGAUUCGCAGAGUUUUGCUAUUAGAUCGAGACCGUUUGAUAUCGACGUCGCUCGAUUGAAAUGCCAACGAAUAUAUCGCGGUUGCAACGGAUGUGUUCGUUGGCAUGAGUCCCUUAGGAGCGUCGCUCUGUUUGCGCGUUAACAUAUCCUGACACCAGCUCUGCGAAGGGGAGUCCUGGAGAAUAACUAGUUCGCAGCAUCCUUUCGUGUGAAGUGAAGAAUUACCGCAAGAAUGGGAUGAGUAUAUUUUUGAAUGUUACUGUGAAUGUAUUUUGAAUGGAUUUCGUAUCGAGUGGACCCUGUAAAACUGUAUCGGUGUCACGAUACGGUCGCGUUUAGUUUACGAAUCGAAGUUUAACCGACGCCAUUGCGUUGACAACGAUCGUUAUAGGUCUGGACAAAUUGGUAGCACAUGUGUGUUAUAUGACAUUUCUCGAAAACAACGUACAGUUUUUUUAAUCGUGGCGCGAGGAAGAAGGAAACUUGGAUUAAAUCAGUUUGUGCCCACUGACUUUCACAAUAAACAAAGUACACAGAUAAAUAGCGAAGACGAAAUGAUAACACGCUAACUUAAAUUUAAUGAAAUAGUUUCAAUUAUUCAGCAGCCUCUGGUUCAACACAGAUACAGGAAUCUGAUUUUCAAGUAAAAUAUUCUCUUUAGAAAAAUUUUCUUUUGUCAAGCAACGUGUCUUCUAGAUGAGGAACAAUUGUUUAAAAGUAUCUAACAACGAUAAUAAAUAUUUAUUAAGUAGAAGAAACUCCGCGCUUCGGUCUGCAUUUCGUUAAAAUCGAAUGGGAUGGUUCUACACCGAGUUACAACACUUUAAAGUUUCUUAUUUAACAGACACUUUAAUCGUAAUGUAUAAGAAUGACGGACAGAAAUAGUAGUAAACAUUGUAGUAUUUCCUGGAUGGAAAACCCUUCGAGUUCUGUAGAAGAGAUACGAGUAUAACUUUUUUUCCUUUUGAUCGCUGAUUCUGAAUUUGAACUCAAAAUGUGGAAAUUCAAAAUGGCGGACCCAAUAUCGCGGAAUAUAAUGCGAAAGUGACUGGUUUUGAAUGAAACUUUAUUCAACAUAGAUUAAUAAAACUAGAAAAUUCCAUGUCCAGAGAUUAAAUAUAGCACACAUGUACUAUCCUUAUUUCGAGUACUAUAAAAAUUCCACUACAUCUUGUGAUUCGGUGCUGGAAUACUAUCAGGGAAGAGCAACGCGUACAGACCGAUGUAUGAUUUUGUAUUUGUUUGAAUGCGUCGACACUGCGAUUAUGUUUUCGUUGAUUUUUCGAUCGAUCGUUGAGAGGUGAAAGCAACUAAACAGUGUGUUCCAAAAUUAUUGUACAUGUGUUUAUAUGUAUAUAAAUUAUAAUUAUUGUUAUACCAUACUACUUAUAUUUAAUUAAACGAACUCGGCGGUGGAGCGUUAGAAGGGGCUGUAUUCCUUGGAAUAUCGACAAGACGUAGAAUUCCGGGAGCGUCGAAGCCGAUGGAGAAAAUAACUUUGCAGUGGUAAUUUAAUCGAUCGACUCACCUAGUCUUGUACAGAAUUUGCGUGCGCAUAGUGAUUAAUUAAGACGAAAGAAGGGGGAAGAAUAGGGAAAUUACACACGCGUUAUCAACAUCGACCAGCGAAACGGAGAAAUGUGUGCCGCUUUUUGUACGCCCAUGAGCAUAGAACUGUAAGGGAACACUUCGUGCAAUUCCUACUCCUCAAUUUUUGUUUGUUUGUCAAUAUGUAACGAAACGACUUAUCGAGACAACUGCCGCCCUUCUAUAUCCGAUGAUACGGAACACAUCAGAUCAAACUACACGAACGGCCGUCAAUUUAUCCUACGAAGCAACGUCGUUGAGACGUACGCUAACCGACAAACGACAAAAUAAUAUUUUACUAAGAAGUUUACGCGCGUUCAAGUACAUCUGGCAACGAAAUUGUAUACAACUCACUCCCUGCCAUGUUAGGAUUUACAUAUAAAAAUCGAUAAAUGUGGUUUUACAUUCAUUUAUUUAAAUCGAAUCAACCGGACGCAUGUAAGCUAUAAUGCGGACUUCAAUGAGCAAAUGUAAGCAAAAUCGCGAAGAUAAAAUUCGCUUAUCGUCAUCCUUCGAGAAACGAAUAGGAUAAAACUUCAGCGUGAUUUAGUUAGUUAACGAACCAUUCAUUGUAACUUCGAUAUCGAGAUUAGGGUACAGGAAAAAUCUUUGUAUCGCCAAAUUGAUUAACGUUCUGCUAAGAUGAAUGCGCAAAGAAAACGAAAGGAAAUCAAUUAAUCGUUGUAAUCUACGCUAAGCGAGACAUUAAUCACUGCUUGAAGUUUGUAACGUUUUACGAAUCAUUAUAGCAAUGCGUUGUAUAAUUUCAAUAAAAUUAUUUAUUAAAAUAAACGAUAAAUAAAAAUAAUAUAAUUUAGUCUAUAAACUAACGUCCGAAAUAGUUUACCCACUAUAAUAAUAAUUAGCCUUCUAGGCUACAGGCAGUGAGAAGUCCACGGUAAUAUUUUCAAAAGGAAGAAGUGAAUAAGUGAGUUUAAUUUAUAAGGGUGCGAAGUGAUAUAACAUGACUAUAACACCUAAUGUACCAGUCUUUCAUUCCUUCGUUUUUUACAUUCAAUUCUUGCUUUACGUUACUUUGCAUUUGUAUAAGUAGUUUCUAAGGGUCAUAUGUCCCUUAUAGCUCGGGUACCUCGGGAUCGCUAAACCCGUACUGUAGCUACCAUAGCUACAGCCCCUGAGGGCAACAAAAAGAACUGUCCACUUUCAGACAAGUUUCACAUCCUGAUGUCAUUUUCAUAAAUUUCAGGAGAACAGGAAUCCCAAGAAUAAACGUUCCUACAAAGACGGAAGAGCAAGUCUUCCGACUGCGGCCUUCGAUAGAACAUGUUCAGAAUGACCUCUGAGUCUAAAAAGUAUAGUCAAUAUUUGGCUCGGAUAGAAAC